GACGGCGCUGCCGCUCUCCCGCCCGGCUGCUGGGCUGUGCUCAAGAGCUUUGCCGCUCGCUGAGACGGGGGCAUUGGCACACAGCCUGCCGGGGUGGGCCAGUGCUGUGAAACAGCAGCACAGCUGCUGCUGACGUGCUGGGACACAUCGGGCGAGGUGUCCGCAGGUGUCAUCCCAAACAAGACAUAAUGGUGUGACUUGAAUGACAGUCUGUCUCAUGCCAGCAUGUACCAACAACCAAGGUGCGACACCUGUGGCACCCUUCACUUCAUAGAAUCACAGAAUGGUUGGAGUUGAAAGGAACCUCUGGAGAUCAUCUAGUCCAACCCACCCUCUAAAGCAGGUUCACCCAGAGCAGAUAACACACAAAUGUGUCCAGGCAGGUCUUGAAUGUCUCCAGAGAAGGAGACUCCACAGCCUCUCUAGGCAGCCUGUUCCAGGGCUCUGGUACCCUCAAGGAGGAGACACCCUGCCUCUCCGGUGCCACCCCACAUCCAGUGAAGAGCCAGCACCUCCAGCGCCUGCUUUCUCCCCAGCAGUUUAUCAGCUGAGCAGGCUUUCCGCUAAACCACAUCUCCGACCUGCCAAGGUCUGCCAGGCAGGAGGUGCCUAUGUCCGAGAGAAAUUCAGGCCACAGGCAACCCGAGACUUGGAAAAGGAGAAGCAGAGACUCCAAAACAUCUUAGCGACUGGGAAGGAUAAGGAUGUGGUGAAGCAGACGCCGGUUCAGACGAAGGCAGAGGAGAUACCUGAGCCUGACCGGUUUGAAGAACUGUUGAAUGAAGUUCAAGAGAGGAAGGAGUUCCUGGCAGAGAUGGAAGCUCUAGGACAGGGCAAGAAGUAUCGAAGUAUUAUCCUCACUGAAAUCUCACAGAAAACGCGUGAGCUGGAGAUCAUUGACAAGAUGAGAAGUGAGGAAAUGAGAGAGAUCACGACAGAAGACUUCCCUGACUCUUGGCAUCAGAUUUUCAAGAGCUGGUGUGUGCCAGUGCCUGAAGAGGGGGCAGCACCACCUGUUGCCUAAAGCCAGAAGGCAGGAGCAGUUUGUGCGUAACUGGUAACAAAAGCAAGCUGUUGUAAAAUCCUACCCACGCACUGGAUCCCUUCUUGCUCAAUGGUAUUAAAGAGCUGAAAACACACAGCAGCAGCUACCAAAACACAACAAAGCAGAGCCUCCUUUUGCCAAUGCAAGGCCUCAGAGUAAAGCAACCUACCAAUAAAAAUGUCACUCCUGUCCAUCCACCCAGUGGUGGAGGUUUCUCGUGACAGUACAAUGACAACACGUGUUGCUGCCCCCAUCUAUGACCCACUUCUGUCCCCAGGGCAGAGAGGAAGAUGUGGACGCGUAGCCUUGCGCAAACGUGAGUCUCCAGCAUUGCUGCAGGUCAGCGUGAUUGUCUUCAUCAUCAAACUUCUCGGCAGCAGCUGCGCUGAGGCGGCACAGGGGAUUUCAGCCCAGCACACGCUGCUCUUUGCUGCGGGCAAGCUGUGGUUUCUUUGGUUCCUGAAAGCACGGUCUGCAGAGCAGCCAUCGAUCUCCCACAGAGCCUGGAAAUGGCUGUUUGCUCACCUCAUACAUACCCUCUGUCCUCCAGCAGGCUGAAGCCUGCCCCGCUACUCCUGCAUGAAGUCCACCUCCCAGUUUCCUCAAGAUUCCAUUAUCUGCUUCUUAACAAUACUCAGCCACUCCCCAAAGCCAGGCAGAGUGCCCUAUCCCCAGGACAGUGUAGAUACAGAAAAUAAUUAGAAACCUGAGCUGCAAUCAGUUUUUAGAUCUGAUGUUUCUUUUAUUUCUUUUCUGGUGAAUGGAAGUCACAGAGUUAGUACAGUAUAAUUUACAAAUCAGAGUUCUCACUGGGCACGGGGCCAAAGGGUGUCAGGCUGCAGCAAUCCCGAUGGCCUUUGGCAACAGUGAUGUGACAGCAGGCUCUAAAGCGGGUUUGCUUCUCCUUGGAGAAGAGUUGUGCUUUGGGAUCUCCCCUCCCACUGCUCUUCCUCAGCCUGCUGGAGUAUGGCAAGAAUGCGAUGGUGUUACCAGCAUGGGGCUGAGCUUGCCACCUCCCAGAGGCCACACUGGGAUUGAGGAGUGGUUCGGGUCCCUCAGGUUUUGGGAAAUGAGGAUCCCUUUCCAGAAGGCUACACCAGCCACCUUGCAAGGCACUGCUCUGAGAGUGUUUUGGCUAAAGCCUGUUGAGUUUUGAGAAGGGAACUGCAGCAGAUUGCUUGGGGCUGGUUAUGUCUAAUUUGCUAAUGAGAAGGCAUGAUGAACAGCUGACCAACCAAACACCCAUGAAACUCUAAUUCAGACUGAUCCAACAAUUCAAUAAAUAACUCCUCGCCUCAGAGGAGAAGGCGGGAAACAAAAAUGGAAGGAAGAAGGGAUGGUUGGACUAACACAGCCCCCCCACUCCCUCCUCAAAUGCACACACACGCACACACACAUGACAAAUAAAAUAAAGGUUUUAAAAAGUUU